AUGAUCGAUAGUGUCAGUUGGAAACAAUAUGAUAAAUGCAAGAGCUUUGAUUUAUGCAGAAAAUGUGGAAAAUUAACUGAGAAUCCGUUAGAAUAUGAUACUGGAUCGAAACAUAAAUCAUUUCAUCCCAAUGAUGAUCCAGUCAGUAGUAAAAACAUGUCAUUGGUAAUGGUCGGAAAUACUGAUAAAGAAUUGGAUAAUAAUAUUGAUACAAUAAACGAAGGGUACUUCAGAAUGAUAAUGAAACGGGAGGAAAUCCAAAAUGAUUGGCAAAUGUCUAUUAUUAUGGAUGCAUUACAUAGAGAAAAAAAAUCAUCACCACCAUCAUUUUUAUCAUUAUUAUCAUCAGACGAACGGUCUAAAUUAAAUUCAAUGAUGAUAGAGUACAAUGUACCAAAAGAUGAAAACACUGUACGUGUAUUGAGCUUAGAUGGUGGAGGUGUGCGUGACUACAUGUCCAUUAAAGUUCUCGAGCAACUGAUAAAAGAUAAUUAUCUUCCUAACAUUAAUCCUAAGUAUAAAGAAUACAAGGAAGAAUUUAAAAAUGGUCAACACAAAUUUACUAAGCAAUUCGAUUACUUUGCUGGUAAGAGUACAGGUGGGCUCAUUGCUUUCUGUUUGGCCACCGAAUAUCCUCUAUUGGAGAUUAAGGAGAUAUAUGCAAAAUCGUCAGAUUAUUUCAAAAAAAUUGGACACCUUGGAUGUUCGAUACACGACACCAUUGAUAACAUUAUUAAGGAGAGAUUUAAAAAUACGCUCAAUGAAGAAGUAACAUUAACAGCCGAAAAUGCAACUUUACAUGAUUUACAUAAAUUGUUGAAUCCCAAUGAAGGUACAACAACAACAAUAACAGCAAUUCAUAACACUAAUAAAAAAGUAUUAAUUAUUAAUGCUUACAAUAUAACGACAAGUUGCAUUACUGCAUUUAAUACAAGUUGUAAAGAACACUGGGGAUAUCUUGUAGGAGAUGUAUUAAAAGUCACAAUGGCUGCUCCUACUUACUUUCGACCGUGGCAUAUGUGUCAAUGGGAAAAGAAAGGAGAUGAUCAAGUUUUUAUUGAUGGUGGUGUGUUUGCUAAUGAUCCAGAAUUAACAGCGACAUGGUCAAUACGAAUGCAUCUAGCACGAUUGGUUAAUUAUCGUAUACUUUCUAUUGGCACAGGAUGUUAUAGUCCACAAUUAGAUUCAAAUAGUUGGGGUGGUUAUUGGACAUGGAUAGCCAACCUGUUUAAACCAGGAUUAUUGGUCAAUACAUUAAUGGAUGCUACGGGUAGUUUAACCGAAACCGUUGUGAACGAUUUAGCCAAAUUCAAUUACAAGUUAAAAAUAUCUAUGGAGUUAGAUGAUCCGAAAUUUCCGGCGAUGUUUGACGAUGAAUGGGAGAAGUUUGUUAACUCGUCAGCAAAGAAAUUGACAAACAUAUCAGAAGAUGGGUCGAGAGGUCUAUCAAUAGACAAAUUGUAA